AUGUUACGACUGGCACUAUUGCAAAUGUUCGUGGGCGCAGAUAAGACUGCCAAUAUAAAACGUGCUUCUGAAUUAAUUAAUCGAGCUGUAUCUGAGCAUUCACCUCACCUUGUAUGCCUUCCGGAAUGCUUUACCUCCCCUAUUGGUGCAAAAUAUUUUGGACCCUAUGCAGAAACUGUUCCAAACGGUCCGUCAUGCCAAAUGCUAUCAGAUGCUGCUAAAUCUCAUAAAAUAUGGCUUGUCGGUGGUUCUAUCCCUGAACGUGGACCUGAUGGCAAGUUGUAUAACUGUUGUGCAACAUAUAAUCCAGAUGGUGAACUAGUUGGCUUAUAUCGUAAAUUACACUUGUUCGAUAUUGAUAUACCAGGUCAGUUUACAUUUAAAGAAUCAGCUUCACUUAGUUCUGGUAAAGAGACAUUCUCUUUUGAGAUACCUUUAAAAAAUGCCGAGAAUAAAAUUUCAGUAAUACGAGUUGGAAUUGGUAUAUGUUAUGAUAUUCGUUUUCCGGAAUUAUCACUUCUUUAUGCUAAUCAAUUAGGAUGUCAAUUACUUUUAUUCCCUGCUGCAUUCAAUCCUAAAACUGGAUCUUUACAUUGGGAAUUAUUGGGUAGAGCACGUGCUUUAGACACACAAUGUUAUGUUGGAAUGUGUAGUCCAGCUUGUAAUCUAGAAUUAGAUUACAUAAGUCAUGCUGAAUCAUUGAUCACUUCACCAUGGGGUAUAGUUAUAGCUAAAGGCGGUAAAGAGGAGGAAAUCAUAACAGCUGAUUUAGACUUUUCUGAAUUGAAAUGUGUUCGUGAAAGUAUUCCAAUUGGUCGACAACGGCGUUUAG